AUUUUGUACCUGUGCAGGUCAGCUAAUAUUGGGGUUUUUUUAUGCUUAAAAUGCUGUAGCAUUCACAGAAAUCUUAGCUCUGAUAUUUCCAAGGUCUUGUCUGUGACUUUGGAUGAGUGGUCUGAGGAAGACAUUGACUCGAUGUUUGAGGUUGGUGGAAACUCUUCUGCCAAUGCAAUCUAUGAGGCUUAUAUUCCUAAAGGAAUUUCAAAACCUAAACCAAAUGCAAGCAUUGAGGAGCGCACAAAGUUUAUCAGAUCUAAGUACGAAUUCCAAGAAUUUUUGAAACCAAGCUUGCGGAUGGUUUCUUCCAAGAGCUCCUUCAAGUCUUGUGCUUCUGGAGUAGAUUUAGAUUCAUUC